AUGCAGAAAGAUACCAGCCCACUAGUGCCUUUACAUUAUUUUGGCUUUGGCUACGCAGCUCUGGUGGCUACUGGAGGGAUCACUGGCUAUGCAAAAGCAGCUAGUGUGCCAUCCCUGGCUGCUGGACUCUUCUUUGGGAGCUUAGCAGGCUUGGGUGCUUACCAGCUGUCUCAGGAUCCCAGCAACGUGUGGGCUUUCCUAGCCACCUCUGGGACCUUGGCUGGCAUUAUGGGAAUGCAGUUCUACAACUCUGGAAAAUUCAUGCCUGCAGGUUUGAUUGCGGGCGCCAGUCUGCUCAUGGUUGCCAAACUUGGAAUUAGUUUGCUGAGCACACCACAUCCAUAA